CAGCCCCCGGGAGUUCUCGCGAGACUUCCGGGGGAGGCCGCGGCGGCGGCGGCGGGAUGGGAGCGCCGAGAUGCCCCGGCACUGCUCCGCCGCCGGCUGCUGCACCCGCGACACCCGCGACACGCGCGGCAGAGGCAUCUCCUUCCACCGGCUGCCGCGGCGGGACGACCCUCGGCGCGCGCAGUGGCUGGAGAACAGCCGGCGGCGGGACCCGGCCGGGGGCGGGCGCUGGGACCCCAGCUCCAAAUACAUCUACUUCUGCUCGCAGCACUUCGAGCGGCACUGCUUCGAGCUCGUGGGCUACAGCGGCUAUCACCGCCUGAAGGAGGGCGCCGUGCCCACCGUGUUCGCCCCCGGCCCCGCGCGGCCCCCCCGGCCCCCCAAGCCCCCCCCGGCCGGCGACCCCCCGAGACCCCCGCGGGGCACCCGCAGGUGGAGACGGGACCCCCUCCCGGCCCCGCCGCCCCCGCCGUUGCCCUCGGACGUCUCCUGCUUCCCGCGGGACUCCAAGGACCCCGGCCCGCCCCCGGCCGGCGACCACGGCGGGGUCCCGGCGCUGCCCGGCGCCUCGGGCUCCAUCCCGGAGCCCCUCCUGGUGGCCACGGGCGACGAGGUGGCCGCGACGGCCCCGGCCCUGCCCGAGGGAGCCCCCCCGAGCCCCGCGGGCCCCCCGGCGCCGCCGUCGCCGUCGCUGUUCAUGCUGCGGCUGCCGCCCCGCGCCGGCUCCUACAUCCAGAGCGAGCACAGCUACCAGGUGGGCAGCGCGCUGCUCUGGAAGCGCCGCGCCGAGGCCGCGCUGGACGCGCUGGACAAAGCCCAGAGGCAGCUCCAGGCCGGCAAACGCCGCGAGCAGCGGCUGCGGCUGCGCCUGGCCGAGCUGCAGAGGGAGCGCAGAGCCGGCCCCGAGCCGCGCCGCAGCGCCCGGGAGCGCCCCGAGGCGCUCGGAGACGCGGCGGGGCGGUGAGCAGCGCGGCGAGCUCGGAGGCGGCGCGGAGGUUUGUAAAUAAAGGGUUUUACCCGG